CAUCAUAGUGUAAUAUUGUAAUGGCGGCUCUAGUCAUCGCUAUAGUCGUUUUAAGUGUGUGAAUGUAUUUAAUGAAUAGUUUCAUACUUUUGUCUUUUACAGGUGUUAAAUGUAGUUGAAAUGUGAUACAGAUUUUGUGUUCUAUUAUUAUUUAAAAUAGACUGGUCGUCUAGUACACAGCAGAACGGGCGUAAAAGAGUCAACAUGUCGAGUGAUGAAGAUAAACCUCCCGCGCCUCCGGUGCGUUUAACCAGCAACCGGGCCACAGACCGAGGGGAUUCAGUAGCCUCUGUUGAUAUGAGGCCUUUGCCAAAAGAACCUGAUGAUGGGGGUGAUAGAAAAAAGAAAACAUUGAAAGCUAAAAUAAAAGGUUCCAAAAGUACUGCACAUAAUGACAACAAGCCAAAUAUUAGCUAUCCAACUAAUUUUGAACAUACAGUCCAUGUUGGAUUUGAUGCCGUCACUGGAGAAUUCACAGGCAUGCCAGAAGCAUGGGCGCGGCUUUUGAUGGCUUCAAAUAUUAGCAAACAAGAACAGAAGAGCAAUCCACAAGCAGUUUUAGAUGUACUAAAGUGGUAUGAUGCAUCUGCAACACAGCCACCACCUUCCAAGUAUAUGACUUCAGCCCAGAUGCAUACAACUCAUUCAGGUUCCUCUGUGUCGCGCGUAUCUUCUAGUAGUCCAUCAUCCUCUACGCCCACUGAUACGGAGCAUCCCGAGCCACCGCCACCACCUCCCUCGCGACCCGAUCGCACUAAGAGUAUUUAUACCAAACCUAUAGAAGAGGAGGAGCCUACGCCCCGACCUAUACAAGCGAGUGCCUCGCCUCCGCAUGUGCCGCAUCCCACACAUACAACACAUUCGAUAUGCAGCAGAGCGGAAGUGGGCAGUGGGCCACUGCCGCUGGACCGCAACAAGAACCCCGCAUCGCUGGCACCCGCGACUCCGCCCGCGCCCCUCGCACCCCUUGCGCCUCUCGCGCCACCCGCCAAUGGCGCACAGACCAAUACCGAAACCGGAAGAGCAACUGGUCAGCAACAAAGGAAAAAGAAAAUGUCAGAUGAAGAAAUUUUAGAAAAAUUAAGAACUAUAGUCAGUGUGGGUGAUCCAAAUAGGAAGUAUACUAAAAUGGAAAAGAUUGGUCAGGGUGCAUCAGGCACAGUGUAUACGGCAAUCGAGACUUCAACUGGCAUGGAAGUGGCGAUCAAACAGAUGAAUCUUAGUCAGCAACCAAAGAAGGAAUUGAUCAUCAAUGAAAUCCUCGUCAUGCGGGAGAAUAAACACAACAAUGUGGUUAACUAUCUUGAUAGCUAUCUUGUUAAUGAGGAAUUAUGGGUGGUGAUGGAGUACCUAGCGGGCGGUUCACUAACAGACGUGGUGACCGAGACAUGUAUGGACGAGGGGCAGAUCGCAGCCGUAUGUCGCGAAGUGUUACAAGCGCUCCACUUUCUUCAUACAAAUCAUGUUAUACAUAGAGAUAUCAAGUCGGAUAAUAUCUUGCUCGGGCUGGAUGGUCAAGUUAAAUUAACCGAUUUUGGAUUCUGCGCGCAAAUAUCUCCCGAGCAAAAUAAAAGAACAACAAUGGUCGGAACACCUUAUUGGAUGGCACCAGAGGUGGUUACAAGAAAGCAAUAUGGCCCAAAAGUGGAUGUAUGGUCAUUGGGCAUAAUGGCGAUAGAGAUGAUAGAGGGUGAACCGCCGUAUCUAAACGAAAACCCGCUGCGUGCUCUAUACCUAAUCGCUACUAAUGGCAAACCCGACAUCAAGGACAAAGAGAAGCUCAGUCCGGUCUUCCAGGACUUUCUCGACCAGUGCCUUGAGGUGGACGUCGAACGACGCGCCACUGCACUCGACCUACUCAAGCACCCGUUCCUGAAGUUGGCGCGACCAUUGGCGUCGCUGACACCGCUAAUAAUGGCGGCGAAGGAGGCCGCCAAGGGGCAUUAGCGGCGGCCGCCGGCGCCUCCCGCCGCGCCGCGCCGCUAGCGCCCCCGCGCCCCUCGCGCCCCAGCGCCCCCUAGUGCCUACAACACUUAUGUGUACUUCGUGUGCGUAACAUACACUCCAUUAUACAUACUAGAAUGCUAUGGCCCUGACGACACUCCGGUGACGUACAUUAAGUAUCAAACUCUAUCGUCGAUUAGCAUCGUAUGAGUAUUACGAUCGAGCCGACGAGUGUGCGACGCGGAGAAUCGUAAUGAGCAUGCAUCGAUUACAGAGCAAUAUUUUAUCUGUGUAAAACGGCUGCCGAUGAAUAUAAUAGAAGUAACCAUAUUUUUACAAGAAAGAGAUUAAUAGAAACGCAGUCCAGUAACUAUAAAAACUGUAGUAUCGUUUAGUAGCGUUAUUUAUUCUAAUUAGCGACGUAAUCUCUUAUUGACGUGUUUCAUUCGACUGUUUAUUCUAUAAGCAAAAGUCGAAUAGAGGUAUAGAUAAUACUAGAAACUAGAUACGAAUUUUAAAUUUUAACGUUACAGCUGCAAACGAAGACUGGCAGUUAAUGUUUAGGUGACCUUGUAAAGUAUAAAUAGUAGAAUACAUUAGGUCCAUUAUUUUAGUACUGACUCAGCUUACUCACUGUGAUGGUAGGAUGGUAGCUGUGCAGGCAGUUAGGUGGAAACACAUCAAUUCGAGCCGAGUGAUUCGCGCGUAUCGCUCUCUACCGAGCUCAUACGUGGUCGGCGAGGUAUCGAUUAUUGAUUGUAUUAUCAUUGGCAAAUGGAGUUUUUUAUUUGCAUUCAUUAAAUUAUUACAUUUUGUGUCUUACUAUUAUUGAAAUGAGUUUAAAUAUUUUUAUGUUGAUGAUUUAAAUAGUACGAACUGAUUUUAUAUUAAUUAUUAUGAAUGAGUGAAUAUUUUAAAUAAACGUUAAUUUAACAUAUGAUACAUAGGAACAGUUGGCCUGUUUGCUUACAUGCUUUCGAUAGUUACUAGUUAGGUUUAUGUGUAACUGUUAAUUUAUUGAAAUCGCUUAUUACUUGUAAUUACAAUAUUAUGAUUUGAGAUUAUUAUUAUUAUUAUUGAUGUGGUUUACUUUAUUUUCAAAAUUUAGUUAUUUUUUUAUGACGAAAUAUUUCAUGAUGCUUACUGUCAAUAUUGUAAUGUAAACAUCAAUACAUAACUAGUUUGAUUGCUUUGUGAAACUUGAUGUUGGUACGUAUCAUUUAUUGUUAGUCAUGGAAGUGGAGCAUUUACAUAGUAUUAAGUUUAUAAAGUUUAUUGGAAUGAUGAUGCAUAGCAAAUUAAUUUUCUUUUGUGGCACAAACAAUAGCAUUUAUAAGAGUUUAAUAAAAAAAAAAAGUACUAGAAUUGUGUUAGGUUUUCACCAGUCAAAUAUAUGGUCACGUAAGAUUUUUACGGAUUUUAUCGUCUGUAUUCACCCAUAUGUCUUGGUCAGUCUUUUUCGUAAAUAGAUCAAGACAUUGGAUGUAUAGUAAAUAUUUCAGAAACUGCAUAUUCGUACCACAUUUCUUAAAUGGUAUUAGGCAAAUGGUUUUGCUAUUAACCUAUACUAUACUAGGUAUCCUGGCUAUGGACCCUUCAUGAUACAGGAUAGGAAUUCAUGAAAUGUUGUAUUAUUCGAGAUGCAAUAAUUGAAUUUUUUAUUUUUCUUUGCAAGGAAUUUAAAAAAAAAAUACAAAUAAAACCCGUUUAAAUCUUAAUUAAAUUAAAAACAAUGUUUUCCGUUAUUAAUACUGUAUAAAAAUUAACGAUAUAUUUAGAUAGAUCAUUUAAUAUCAUUCAGCAUACAUUUAUGACAAUAGUAGCCAACUAAGCAUUCAACAAUAACGAUUUAUUCAUAUUAUACAUUAACACAUAAAAGUAUUUUAAAUUAAUUUUGUGGACUUGUAACUGUCCGCAUGCUUUUAUUAUUUAGGUUGUGCCAACAGAUGCUGUUAAAUUUCGUUUUAAAUUGCAUAUGUAUAGUGUAUUCACUAUGGAUGGUGUGAUUGCGGUGUGAAUAUGGGUGAAGUAUGCUGCGAGUUGGAGAAUUGCAAACUCCUCUGAUGAACUGUAAACCUUCAGAGUGUGGGCGUGUUGCUGACGCAAGUAGUUCAAAUGUACACUAUAUACUCGUAUAUGCCGCUACGUACAUUCGAACUAAAAACCGCGUUUGGUUAAUACACUCAAUGCACUUAUAACAUAGGUAAAUAAACAUAAAUAGCACGAUACGUAAAUCAGCAUAUAAUAUUACAUUCUUUAAAUUUUUGUUUUCUUAUGUAACAUAUUUCAUUUACUUCCAAUACUAUAUCUAUUCAUAACCAUAUCAUGUUUCUACUAUAUUUAUGUUAGUAGUUCUUUCACCACUGAACGUAAAAACGCUAAGACCACAGCACAUGCACCAUUGCACUCUGAAGGGCCACACUAUAUUGUACAGACACAAGUUAGAAAAGAGUAGUUUACUUGUUGACAAUAUGAAAUGACCAAUUAACGCUAUGUAGACAGAUUCCGUUCAGUUGUUCCAGGUUGGUGCAAUAAAAUUAUAUUAUUUACUUUGUGUUAUGAAGUGAUACUAUGGUAUUUAGAAAUGAACUGCAAAUAUCAGGUGGCUUAAAACAGUAAGAUGAAACAGAAUAAUUUAUAACCUUAUUACGAAACCCAUCCAUUUAUAAUUAGUUUUAAAUAAUGAAUUAAUAUAUCAGUAAUUAAUAUAAAUUCUGCAGCAAACCAAUAUAUUUUUAUGGAAAGAGUGGUUUUUUGAACUUUAAUUUAUUUGCAGAACAUUUUUAACGUCACAUACAUUUGAUAGAUCGGAUAACCAAUUUAAAUUAAGGAUCAUUUCCAGCAAAUUGCUCGCGUUCGACAAGAUGUAGACGCAGACGAUCACCAAGUCUACUCUUAAAUCUAAUAUCAAUGUCAAUCCAAUCUGUUGCCAAUGACUAUUUUAUAAACAAAAGUUUGGAAAAAAAAAACAGCUGAAGAAAUGCAGUAAGUUAUAAGGUCUCAGGGAUUCUUAAGUUAUUAAACAACAAGCCUAAGGGAUGAGAUAUACUCAUCUACACUGAUUGCAGACAACAGGCAAGAUUCAUAAUGGACGCCUUAACUGAACAUAUGCCAGUAAGGCAUAUAUGAGUAUUAUACGAAAUGGCUUUAUGUUCGAAUAUACUGAGCAGUGAGGAAUCAGAACCCAUGUAACACCUGUUGUGCAAAUGUGAUUCCUUGGCAGGUAUGCGUAUGAGUCUACUGGGAACGGCUUAUCACAAGCUAAGAGACUAUAAAUAUCUUAAACUUUAGGUUAUCACAAAGGUAACACAUAGGGUCUCUAAAAUUAUAGUAUAAGGCAGGUGAAAGUACAAAAGUUCCCAAAGGAUCGACGUGCAGCGGCUUAGCUGAUCCCAUAACACAAAUAAAAGAUAACAUUUUGAAUUUUUAGUUAUUGAAAAUAGGUGAAAUUGUCGUAGUAUUGUUGGUCACUUACGCUUUUGCACCAACAAAUUAAUAUUUCUUCUAAAUCCACGUUUUUGAGUGACGUCUGCAGCCCGUGCACUUUAGGAAAUGAGUGGUGCCGCCCGGUCACAGCUUCGACCGCAGACUAUGAUAACAGAAAGGAUCUGUAAUAUCGUUUAAAUAUUGUAAAAUCCGAUCCGAUGAGCCGUUUGCUGGAAAUAAUUUUUUAAUGGUGAUAUUAUUAAGGGUACGACAGGUAAUGUCUGGCAAAUGGUAUCUUGAUUGUGUUCUGUUGAGAUGCGGCCUAAAUUCUAAUUUUAUUUUACUGUAAGUUGACAAAAUUUAUAUAAUUUUACUAUGGCCUAUCAGAUGUGCAGAACAACUAAAGAUGCACCAACCCUAACAAAAUACUUGUGCAAUAUUGUAGAAAUGUAAAAACUAUAGCCAAAUCUUUAUGAGAGCUUGAACAAAGUUAUUCAGUAUCUAAAUAUUGUAUGAAGUGUAUUAACUAUGUGAUCAUGAAAAUGAAUUUGAGUAUGCGUUAGCGUAUGUUAAGAGGAGAAUAACUGUAAUUAUGAACAUAGUCCUAAGUUGAAAAUGUAUUAAUACAUGUAAUAGGAUAUUGUACAAGACAUAUAAUGCGGUUAGAACAUUUUUUCAUGAAUUUUCUCAGUUGUAAAACACCAGUGCCAUGUAUGAGCAACUUGUGCAUAUAAAUUACAACCAUACUAUAAUAAAAGACUCACCAUGAAUA